GGCCCGUGUUGCUGAGACCACUGUGGCGGCCUCGGCGCAGGCUCGUCAGGGUAGGGGACAUCGGGCCCGAGGGGCGGGGCGUGGCAGCGGGAGGGGUGGUGGGGGUGGCGGGGGUGGUGGCGGUGGUGGAGGGGACGGUGGUGCAGACGAGGGGACUGGGGCUGAUGCCCCGGUACGCCAUCGACCCCGAAAUUCCCUUGGCAGAAAAGCGACAUGUGCUACAGUGGGACAGUGACAUCGCGUACCGGAAAGGAUCACCAAAAAUCUGGGUACCCAAUUACCCUCCUUUGCGCCAGUUACUACUCGAAGAAUACCACGACGUCCUGUACGCCGGACACUUCGGUAGCAACAAGACGCUCACCGGUAUCGCCAAACACUACUACUGGCCCCAUAUGGCAGACGACGUCCAGAAAUUUGUCACCUCGUGUGAUACAUGUCAGCGGAUGAAGAGCAGCAAGCAGAAAAAGGCGGGACUACUGCAGCCUCUUCCUGUCCCAGAACAACCAUGGCAAGUGGUUAGCCUGGACUUCAUCACCGGGUUACCACCUACCUCCAGCGGUCAUGACGCCAUCCUUGUCGUCAUUGACAAGUUCUCCAAAAUGGGACACUUCAUCCUGACACACACGACAGCACGCACCGAAGAAACAGCACAACUCUUCGUUCGAUACAUCAUCUUACAGCAUGGCAUUCCAACCACACUCAUCUCCGACCGAGACCCUAAGUUCACCAGCAAGUUCUGGAAGGAACUUAUGUCUCUCCUCGGGACCAAACUCGCCAUGUCAUCCGCUUACCAUCCGCAGACAGACGGACAGACCGAGCGCCUCAACCAAAUUGUUGAGCAACUCCUCCGAGCAGCCUGCAAGGACGACAUCUCCAAAUGGGACUUGCACCUGCCCGUACUAGAGUUUGCUUACAACAAUGCUACACAUGCCGCUACUGGACAGACGCCGUUCUUCCUCUGCUACGGACGCCACCCACUCACACCACAGAAACCGACAACAUCCGCUACAGUACAACCUGCACAUGAUUUCAUCACAACCAUGCAUCAGCUUUGGGAUCGGACCCACAAGCGCCUACUCGACAUUCAACAGCAACAAAAGCGCCAGGCCGAUCGCCAUCGCAACGACCACACCAUCACGGUGGGAGACCAGGUGCUUCUUGACACCCGCAACCUGGACAUCAGCCACCUCCCAUCUAAACUUCGACCUCGCUUCUGCGGGCCUUUUCUCGUUGAAGCACAGUAGUCGCCCGCAGUUCCACCACCCU